UCUCUCUCUCUCUCUCUCUUCCCCCUAUCUCUCUCUCUCCUUCUCCCCCCUUCACGCCUCUCUCUCUCUCUCUCUCUGUGAAUCGGAAAAAGGAGGCAAAGGCGAUGAUCUCGCAGUUCUUCGUGCUCUCUCAGAGGGGGGACAACAUCGUAUUCCGAGAUUAUCGUGGUGAAGUACCGAAGGGAAGUGCAGAGAUAUUCUUUCGUAAAGUGAAGUUCUGGAAGGAGGACGAAGCAGAGGAGGCGCCGCCUGUCUUUAAUGUGGAUGGUGUGAAUUAUAUCCAUGUGAAGGUGGCUGGACUGUUAUUCGUAGCAACCACGAGAGUUAAUGUUUCCCCAUCACUUGUUUUGGAGCUUUUACAAAGGAUUGCACGUGUGAUCAAAGAUUACCUUGGGGUUCUCAACGAAGAGUCGUUGCGCAAAAAUUUUGUACUAGUUUAUGAAUUGCUUGAUGAAGUCAUUGACUUUGGAUAUCCUCAGACAACAUCUACUGAGGUUCUGAAAUCAUAUAUAUUUAAUGAACCGAUUAUGGUCGAUGCUGCACGCUUGCCACCUCUCGGUCCUGCUGCUAUGUUUAUGCAAGGAGCUAAAAGGAUGCCAGGUACAGCUGUUACAAAAUCUGUUGUAGCCAAUGAACCUGGUGGUAGGAAGAGGGAGGAAAUAUUUGUUGAUAUCAUUGAAAAAAUUAGUGUGACAUUCAGCUCCAGCGGCUAUAUACUCACAUCAGAGAUUGAUGGAACCAUUCAAAUGAAAAGUUACCUCACUGGAAAUCCAGAAAUCCGCCUUGCUCUUAAUGAGGACUUAAGCAUUGGAAGAAACGGAUCUUCAAUUUAUGAUUAUCACAGUUCUUCUGGAGGAGGAACUGUAGUUCUUGAUGAUUGCAAUUUCCACGAGUCCGUGCACCUUGACAGUUUUGACAUUGACAGAACCUUGACAUUAAUUCCUCCUGAUGGAGAGUUUGCUGUAAUGAACUACCGAAUGACUCAGGAGUUCAAGCCUCCUUUCCGUAUUAAUGCGUUGAUUGAAGAAGCAGGGCCGCUUAAGGCUGAAGUUCUUCUGAAAAUACGCGCUGACUUUUCUCCAAGUGUCACUGCGAACACAAUUACAGUGCAAAUGCCAGUGCCAUCUUAUACUGCAAGGGCUAGUUUCGAGUUAGAAGCUGGGGCAGUUGGGCAGACAACUGAUUUCAAAGAGGGUUCUAAGAGAUUAGAAUGGUGCUUAAAGAAGAUUGUCGGUGGGGCGGAGCAUACCCUUCGUGCAAAGCUAACAUUUUCCCAAGAAUCACAUGGUAAUACCACGAAAGAAGCUGGACCAGUGAACAUGAAUUUCACUAUUCCAAUGUACAAUGCCUCACGGCUUCAGGUGAGAUAUUUGCAGAUUGCAAAGAAAUCCAAGACAUACAAUCCGUAUCGGUGGGUGAGAUACGUCACACAAGCAAACUCCUAUGUAGCACGCCUAUGAGGAAACCGUUCGAAUCGAGGAGGCAUUUUGAUCUUGCUGGUUGUAUGAAUUGCAGCUCCUGUAUUUCCGGACCAUCAGCAAGCACAUACCAGAUUGGUUCUGUUUUUUCUUCUUUAGCAUAUACAACCCUGCGUAUAUGCAAGAUUGCACAAAUUCCCUUGCAAAAAGUUGGCAUUUGUAGGCGCACCCUGAAAACCACUGUCAUUUACAUCCAAUCAGCUGCUAAAGAACCAAAGUUAUUGCAUAGAUACCGGCGGCAGUGAGCGGCGCAUUUGCAAAUGAAUAAGAUUUUCAGGGUAGCUGUGCAAAUACCAAUUUACUAGGGUAUUUGUUUCAUUUAUCAUAUGGGCAAGGUAAUAUAUGCAGAAAUCUGAAAUCAAAUUUACAGCUAUGACGAGCUAUCUAUAAUCUAUCUGCCGGGCGUUACGUUUCCAUUCAUCUUUAUGGAACAUAUAAUAACCUCUCUCGUGGUAGGUAUCUUUUUCUUUUUCAUGUUUUUUCUUUGAGACAUCUCAUCAGUGAAUUGGCUCCUUGCAAAAACUGAUUUGUACCUAUGGAGAGGAGUGAGCUGUGUAUGUGUGCGUAGGGAAAUUUGAGUUCUUUUUUUAUGGCCCUUAUUUGUGCCUUUUUUGUUUCUAUGGCUUGUGCUUGUACUGUUUUUGGUUCUUUCCUUCGCUAGUACCUGAUAAUUUGCUGUUUAUUGGAACCUGACAAUUGCUGUU